AUGAUAUUUCGUUUUUUUUUUAAUGAACACAUCUUUUAUUUUUUAGCAAUAGCAAACGAAACAAACUGUUUAAUAAAAGAAAAUAUUACUAAUCUUGAAAAUCUUUCAAAUGAACUUCUUUAUGAAAUAUUUGAAUUUCUCAAUUAUCAUCAUGCAUUUCAAGUUUUUUAUGAUCUUAAUCAACGAUUUCAAGAUCUUUUUCUUAAUUCAAAUCUUCCAAUUAAAAUUCAUAUUUCAUCCAUAUCAAAAUCUAAAUUACAGCAUUAUUUAACACAUAUUAUUAAACUUUAUACUUAUCAAAUUGAAUUAUUUCGAUUAUCGAAUCCAUUUAUUGAUCUAUGUUUAUUGCUACUGCCAAUAAUGAAAAAGUUAACUCAACUUAAAACACUUAUUUUAAAUAAUAUUGAAUCGAAUUAUAUUGAACAAAUUGUAAAUCAUUUGUCUUCUUUACCUGUUUUAUCUUCAUUGACUAUCAUAUCGAUUAAUACUAUUAAAAAUCACAAGAAUAUUUAUUAUAAAAUCUUUCGUUUAGCUAUAUUGAAAUACUGUCAGAUAUUAAUUGAAUUAUUACAAAGUCCAAAAUUAUUACCUAUUGCAACAAAUGAAUUUAGUACUAUCGAACAUCUUAUCAUUAAUCAUGACAUUUCGAUUGAUGAACUUCCUAUUUUAUUAUCUUAUGUUCCACAAUUACGUCGUUUAUCGAUUGGUCAUCUAAAGGAAUCUAAACUCAAUCGAACCGAAAGAGAUUCGAUAAGCUUAAAUUAUUUAACAAAUGUUUCACUUAAAUUACAUAAUGUCAAUUUUGAAGAUUUUUAA